UUGACACGUUAUAACGUACAGCAGACCACUUGUGUAACAUGGCAUGUAUUCAAGUUGUGAUAUGGCUGUUUGUUGUGCAAUGUUCUGCAGUCUGCUUUGCUAAUUAUGUAUUAAAAGAAGAACCGGAGUAUAAACACACACUCUUAAAAAGAAUUUUAAUGGAAGAAAAUUUUGAAUCUCUAGAGAGCAAAAUCAAUAAUCUGACGCAAAGAGUCGAAGCACUGGAGAAAGAAAAUGCUUUACUCAAACACGCACCAGUUGCCUUUUUGGCAGAGCUCACCAAAAGCGUCACCAGCCAAAACCAGAUAAUCCUUUUUGACAGCGUCAAGCUUAACCUUGGUAACGCCUACUUUAAUGUACAUGGAAACUUUAUCGCUCCUGUAAGUGGCCUGUACCAGUUUUCCGUAACAGCAUGUGCAGCAACAAACCAUUACAUUGUCCUGGAGCUUAUUGUAAACGCCAGAGUUGUUGGAAAAGUAUUGACUGGCGACACCGGAUAUAAUGAGUGUAGUUCUAACUCUUUCUUGGUGCAACUGUCUACUGGCGAUGACGUCUACGUUCAGCAUAAAACCGCGGGAGAUUAUCUUUUAGCAAACCCUGCUGCUGGAUUUCCUACAUUUUCCGGCGUCCUUCUAAAUGUCAUCUAAGACAAAAGAAAUAUGGUUCAGUUGUUAUUCUGAAUAAAUUGAUAUUAUAAAUUGCAAAUGACUAUAACUACGCCAGUUUUAAGUUAU